UCACGCGCCCACUCCCUCGCCUACCACAGCCCCCCCCUCCUCUCCUCCCCCGAAGCCCGCACCGCCCUCCUAGAAUGGUUCACCAAAGCGAGCACCCUCCGCCCCAUGCCGUGGCGCAAACCCUGGCUCGACCCGGCCACCCGCCCGCCGCCAGUCCCGGCCCUGCGCGCCGCCCUCGCCCAGCGCGCCUACGAGGUCUGGGUCUCCGAGGUGAUGCUGCAGCAGACGCGCGUGCCCGUCGUCGUCGGCUACUGGACCCGCUGGAUGGCGCGCUGGCCCACCCUGCGCGACCUGGCGCGCGCCCGCGAGGAGGACGUGCUGGCCGCCUGGCAGGGGCUCGGCUACUACGCGCGCGCGCGGCGGCUGUGGCGCGCCGCCAGGGGGAAAAGCGGGUUGUUGUUGGAUGGGAUGCUGCCCGGGUCGGAGGGCGAGUUGAUGCGCACGCUGCCCGGCGUCGGGAGGUACACGGCCGGCGCGAUCGCGGCGAUUGUGUUUGGCGUGCCGGCGGCGAUGGUGGAUGGGAAUGUGCUGCGCGUGCUGAGUCGGCAGAUGGGAUUGCUGGCGGAUGUGAAGGGGGAUAAGAGGGCGGUGGACCUGUUGUGGGAGGCGGCCGAGGCGUUGGUGAGGGCGGUUGCGCGGGAUGGGCAGCCCGCGGCGGAGGGGGAUGAGCUGCCGCCGAGUGAUCGGCCGGGGCGAUGGGGGCAGGCGCUCAUGGAGCUCGGGAGCACGAUCUGCACGCCCACGCCGAAGUGCUCGUUGUGUCCUAUCACCCGGACCUGUCGCGCUUACGCGGAAGGGCUUUCUCUGGCAGCGAAGCGGGGAAUCGCCGGUGAUACCGAUGAUAUUGAGGAUAUCUGCAGCCUUUGCGCGCCUUUUGACGAAACCGCAGAGGGCGACGAGGAGGACAUAUCGGGGAAAGGGAGCCGGGACGUUUUGAAAAGCAGUAAUGGAACCCUGUCUCGGUUCUUUGCAGCGACCCCUACCGAACCAUCCCCCCCCAAGGCAUCGGACACUCCGGAUGCGCAAGCCAUGGAGACGAUUAUCCACCACGCUAAGAAGUUCCCGCUCAGGAAACCGAAGAAGAAGGUCCGCGAAGAGGAGACGCUGGUGUGCGCCGUCCGUCGCUCUUCGAAUGGGCAGUUCCUGAUAUGCCGUCGGCCAGAGAAGGGUCUGCUCGCUGGACUGUGGGAACUGCCAAGUCACACCCUGCCGGAUCCCAACGACAGCACGGCCAAAAGCAGGACAAAGAAAGCAAAGGCGUAUGUCUCAGAGUUGGUUGAGCAUGGGAAACCUAGGCGUCCAGGCUCCCCUUCACUGAAGCACAUCGGGGAACUUGGCAGCGUUCCCUGGCUGUUUUCACAUCUGAAGCUGGCCAUGCAUGUCCAUCUCUUCGAGCUGGAUGACAGCAUGGGGGCGGCCGAGUUCGAGGACUCGCAACGUUGGGCUACAGUGGAGGAGAUAGACAGGGAGUCCAUGGGAACCGGCAUGAAGAAAUGCUGGUCGCUCGUCAAG